GUGGCGCUGGGCGGGGCGCGGGGCGCCUGCGCCGUGCGGGGGGAGCGGGCGGGCGGGCGCGCGGGCGGCAGUCGGGGCGCCGGGCGCGGAGGCGGCGGGCGAGCGAGGCGCGGCGCAGCGCAGCGCAGCGCAGCGCAGCGGCGUGAGGACGCGCGGGGCCGGUCGGCCGCCGCGGCGAGGAGCCGAGCAUGGGGCGGCAGCCCGCGGCCGGGGGCAGCGCGGCGCGGCGCCCGCCGCACUAAGGCGGCAGCGGCGAGCCCGAGGCGAGGCGGCGAGGCGCGGCGGAGGCGGCGGUGGUUGCUCGCGGCGCGGCGAGGGGGCCGCGGCGCCGCCCCCCCUCCCGGGCCCGGCGCGGGCGGGCCGGGCGGCAUGAGCCCGGCGCCCUGAGGGGCGCGGAGCGGGGCUCGCCGCGCCGCCUGGCUCCUCCCAUGGCAUGAGCCCCCGCUCGCCUCCCCCCGCCGCCCGCCCUCGGCCUCUCCCCGCUGCCGGGCUGUCAGAUGGGCCCAGCGGCCGCCGGCGCCCAGGGUUGAAGAUGAGCCCGCCGCGGCGGGCCGGCCGCCGCUGGGGCCGCCGCUCCUCCGCGCUGCUCCUGGCGCUCUGGCACUGCUGGCUCUGGCCGGCCGGCGCCGACAACGCGAGCCAGGCGUACUACACGGCCCUCAUCAACGUGACGGUGCUGCACCCCGACCGGCCGGGCCCCACGCUGCUGCGCCUCGACCGCGGCCGCUACGGGCAGGACUCGCCCAAGGUGGAGGUCAAGGGGCUGCUGGUGGCGCCGGUGCCCAUCAACGGAGUUGCAGAUCGCUUGGGCUGUGACCCUCGAACACGUUUCCAAGUUCCACCAAACACCAAGCAGUGGAUCGCUUUGCUACAGCGAGGAAACUGUACGUUUAGAGAGAAAAUACUGCGAGCAGCUUCACAUAAUGCCACAGCUGUGGUCAUUUACAACAAUAUAUCCAGUGAAGAACCAGUCACUAUGACUCAUCAAGCAAUGGUUUGUGACUUCUCCUGUAGUUUGGAACGCCUUAUUGUGAGAGAAAGACUACCAAUAAAAAACACAGGAACUGGAGACAUUGUUGCUGUCAUGAUUACAGAAUCAAAGGUUAAGGAGAUCCUGAAUUAUUUGGAAAAGAAUAUCUCUGUCUUGAUGGCAAUAGCAGUAGGAUCCCGUGUUCCUCCAAAAAACUUCAGUCGGGGCUCUCUAGUCUUUGUGUCAAUAUCAUUCAUUGUUUUGAUGAUAAUUUCUUCAGCAUGGUUAAUAUUUUACUUCAUCCAGAAGAUCAGGUACACAAGUGCACGUGACAGGAAUCAGCGUCGUCUUGGAGAUGCUGCUAAAAAAGCCAUCGGCAAACUGACAACCAGGACAGUAAAGAAGGGCGAUAAGGAAACAGACCCAGACUUUGAUCAUUGUGCUGUCUGCAUUGAGAGUUACAAGCAGAACGAUGUUGUCCGCAUUUUACCAUGCAAGCAUGUUUUCCACAAAGCCUGCGUGGAUCCGUGGCUUAGUGAGCACUGUACGUGUCCCAUGUGUAAACUGAACAUUUUGAAGGCCCUGGGAAUUGUGCCAAACGUGCCAUGUACAGAUAAUGUAGCCUUUGACAUGGAAAGGCUCACCAGGGGCCAGCCAGCUAACAGACGAUCAGCACUUGGCGAUUUUGCCAACGACAGCUCUCUCAGCCUGGAGCCCCUGCGCACCUCUGGGAUGUCACAGCUUCCACAGGACGGAGAACUGACUCCAAGGUCAGGAGAGAUCAACAUUGCUGUGACAAAAGAAUGGUUUAUUAUUGCCAGUUUUGGCCUCCUCAGUGCCCUCACACUCUGCUACAUGAUCAUCAAAGCCACAGCUAGCUUGAAUGCUAAUGAGCAGUCAUUUCUUCCACCGCAAUUCUCUGUCUCCCCGAAGCCUGGUCUACGAGAGUGAAUUCUCAGCGAUGGAGCCUGCUUUGGACAUGUAUGACGAGAACAAGACCUGAGAGGAAUCCGUGUUCCUUCUUGGCCCUUUUUCCGUUUUUUUCAUUUCUCAUUCCUAUUGUUGUGUACUCUUUCCAUGGAUCUCCUUUGUCCGAAGAAGAGCUGCUUUUUCCAGAACACAAACCCGUCUUCUAGAUUACAAAGAUGAAGACCAGCAGCGGGGGUUUCUGAGGGUGGCGUCUCCGAGCUGACAAGGUGUGCGCGAGCAAGGUUGUCUGAUGGAAAUCGCUGAGUAGCAGCAUGGGGAGCUGUGUCGGUCCAGCCGAGGACACGGCGAGACGGAAGAGGCUUUACGGUGGUCCUAAGAGUUUGGUUUGUGCUGCACGUGCGUCUUUUAAAUAGGCGUGGACUGCUUCCAUUUUUUUGUAAUUGUCCAGGUGUUUGGGCAACGUCAGAAAGGGAAUAAUGUUGCAGAGGAGAUGGCAAGUGACUGGUAAAAGCACUCCAUAUCUCUCACUCAAUCCAUAACCGUACUGUGAAAUAUCCCCUUUUGAAAGGGACCGUAAUAAGUGCGUUGAGUUUCCUACAACCCGUUUAACCUGGGCAAGAGCAAGCCAGUCUCAUGCUAAAGCUGCGGAGAGGACCUGCAUUUGCAGAAAGAUUUCAAGGAACUUGAAACUUCAGGUUUUUUCUCCCUUUCCAUUGAAGCAGGAGAAAAACAGCCUACACAGCAAGUAUUUUUGGUCCUUCCUUGUGCUCCACUCAAGUGAGUCUCUUGCUAUAGAGAUGCCGCUGCCGUUCAUAGGACCAGCACUUGAUCUUCCUUAAAAUCAUCAGACUUUUUGAAAUAUGCAGGAACCUAAUUAGCUCUCUUUCUUGCUUUGCUUUUUUUGGGGGGGUUUAAAAAAUCCACCAGAUUUUUCACAGAGAUUUUUUAAAAGCCAGCAUGUUGGCAUUACACAGAGAAGAAAAGAGGUAAGCUUCUUACCCUGUUCUCCCACCGAGAUCUGCAACAGUUCAAUAACAAACACGUUCCCUAAGCCGUGCCCUUUCCCACUGACAUCAAUAACGUGAAUGCAGAAAGCAGAAUAAAGGAAAGCAGCGCCCGCUUUGACACUCAGCAGGGAAAAUCAAUUUUUACCAGCGUGUGACAAAAGCGGCAGGGCAACGAAUAUUGUUUCCAAGCUUUUGCAAGAGCAGCACCGAAAUGGAAGCGAGAGGGAGAACCUCUAGAAUUUUUUGAAGAAGUCCACAGUGUUCCUCCAAAUCAGCAGACGUGGAAAAGCGAGUGCUUCUGCUCCGGCUUUUCCCGCUGGACAAUGCAUCGUUGUUUAAUGAAUGUCGAGAUUUUUCUCCAUUGCAGUCUGAGUUACUGUAGAUGUAGAAAUGCAUUUGUGUCCUUGUAAUGUGAAACAAAGCUUCAAUCUCUAUAUAGAAAUCUUGAGAAAUCAGUAAGCCAAAAAAGAAAGGUGAGACAGACCUUGCCAUGUUUUAAUUUUGACGGCUUUUGCUGCAAGUGGGGGAACUUCCCCUCUUUUUUUUAUUGUAUAGCAGUUAUCUUGACGUAUAUCCUUACCUGGAGUGUGGUUUGGCUGUGUCUUUAACACAGAUGUUUAAGAGGAAAAAAAAACACCCAACUCUGUAAAAUGAGGAAAUGAUCCUCUUAGCAAAGCAUGCUUUGACUUUUGUUGCUGCGCGUCGGCUUUAUUUAAUCCGAUAAUUGGAGAGCGGGUGGUGUGAUGUUUAGAGAGGCUUCUCUCGUGGUACCCAUGCUUAUACUUACCAAACGCACUUUUGUUGUGAUUCACCUAACUCUAGAAACAUGCCCAAAACCCACACUUUUCCAGAGCACAGCUUUAACGCCCCGGUUUCUCGCACUGAGGACGUGAAACUGAGGGCUGACGCUCUCGGGAGGACGCUGCGCGGCUUACCCGGGCUCGGUUCAUCGGCGUCGGGCUACAAGAAACCGUAGCCGGCUAUUCCCCAUUAAAUAAAACCUUUUACCAUCUUCUCCAGUGAAGCUGUCGCAGCCUCUGGCAUGCAAAACCGAGCCCAAGCACGGGCCGGGAGAGGCGGUGCUGCCUCGGCCCCAAACCGCGGCGUUUUCUGCCCUGGCUUUAACACCAGUGUUGCGGUGAGCAGGGAAAGGCGAGGAAACCCUCGGCACUAGCACGGGGCUCCUGGGGAGCAGCAGCGGUCCCCCACGGCGAGUCGCUCCUCGUCACGUGCUCCUUUGGUUUCCUGCUGUGGUUCGGGCUUUUUUUGGGUAAGAAAACCAAGUUUCUUAGCUCUCGCUGAGUCCGUUUGCAGCAGCUGUGUAUCAGGGUCACAGAGAAGAGCUAGAAAACGGAUGGGAAUUAACAAACACGAGCAAGAACAAAACCCCAAAAGACAACAUAAUAAAUAACACCAUUCAUGUGUUAAAUCUCCUCAUUUCCAACCUAACAGCCUGAUUUUAGAGCAGAGAGGGGGAGGAAAGCUCGCCUGUGAUUUGGAAGACCAGGUAGCGUAAAGCCGGAUUAGCCCAUGGCACGAGCGAGCAGCAGGGCGCAGCCAGCUGAGCACGGCGCCUGGCACCCCGGGUCGGAAAAUCCGGCAGCACCGGGAAGACUAAAAGCCCAUUGGAAGAGCGGAUCCCACCGCACCGGUCCAGUUUGGGGCUGUGCCAGGGAGGUUGAGGUUUUCCUUUUAAGCAGUCAUCAGCGUGUAAAACCCCAAAAAGCCCGAUGAGCAUCGUUGCUCCUGGUCUGCCGCGGUGAGGCUUCAUAGAUGUAAAAUAUACGGCAAUCCCCCGAGAGCUGUACGUGCCAGGAACUUGGGGAAUCAUUUUUAAGGUUAAAAAAAAAAGUGGUUUUACUAGAAAACAUUAAUUUUAUGAAUUCUACACACAAAAAAAAGCUUUUAUCCAAGUGUUUCCCCGUACUACUGAAACCCCAUCCUUCAACUUCUCUUUCCCCACCCCAAAUCUCCUGUUUUAUGGAAGUU